AUGAAGUUUGCAUUCAAUGCCUGGGGGCGAACGCUGGCUCUUGCCGGUGGCUAUCGUACGGCCGUUGGGGUCUUGAUCUAUCUCUUCCUGUAUCCGCUUAAGCUUGGCUCCUGGUGGCUUGGUCCCAUCCUCUGGAUCGUCAACUUCAACCAUCUGCCGCUGGGGAUUGCCCUCAUCCUGCUGGGUCCCUUCUGCUCGGUAGUGGUACCAACGGUGCUCGCCGGGGUGACCAUCGUGCUGGCUGGACUCUUCUACGUCGUUGCCGGAAUCAGGCGAGAGAAGGGCACUCCGCUCAAGGAGCUCAUGUGGAACUGUGGCGAUGACCCGAAGUCCAAGGGAGGCCGCGAGUAG